AUGAAGUGGAGAACGGAGCCGUGGCGGACGACAUUCGUGAACAUAGUUCGGCUUUCGCAGGCUAUGGAACGGGCCACGGCUUGCAUGUCGGCCAAACGUACUGGGGCGUUUUGGGAUCCAAUCCCGCUGAAUAAACUGGGAGAAUUCCUGGCCACACCAUGGAAGCUCACCUCUUUCACCUGUGAGGUGGGCCGACAGGAGGGGACAUAUCCACAUGGAUUGGCAUGUCCUGCAUCCUCGACUAUUUUGACGUGCCAAGCCCGGUUGGGUGCCGGGAUCAGCCAGGGAAAUUGCGUGAAAAGCUGUGACCACGCCUUGUUUGAUGAUGCUGCAGCCAAGGCUGGAACAACGCAACGAGAAGCAGGCGGGUAG